AUGCUCCCUCGCAAUCAUGUAAUCAAUUUAUCAACUUUACCAUCACAAAAUAUUAUUAAAACAUCAUCUGUUUAUCAUCAAUUAAUCAUCAAUAAGCAACAACAAACACGGAGAAGACCCACAAAGACUACUACAAUUACCACCAUUACGAGUACUUCGCUCAUCUCGGUGAACAUUACAAACAUUACUACUUCUUUUUCUUCUUUCAUUUCAUCGACUCAACAGCAGCAGCAGCAGCAACAACAAAUUUCAUACGAGGACUCCUAUUCGGCUAAGACAGGAAUCAAGACAGCAGCUAUUCUUGGCGGUAUGUUAGUGCUUGUUAUAUUAUAUUUAAUGUGGAAAGCUCGUGCACGUUUAUGUCGUUCAUCAUCAACUGGUAUGCGUCAUCCACGUUUAUCAGCAGCUAAAUUCGAUUUAGAUUAUUGGCUUAAACAAGUUGAUUUGCUUGAAGCAAAAGAAGCGGAACGUAAUCGUGGUGGACAAUAUCCUUAUCUUGAAUUACCUAAUAUCGAACCGAGAGAUAAUCGUGAAGCAACAGCCUCAUGGAUUGUUGAUGCUUAUCGUCAUUGGCGCCUUAUUCAAUAUCGACAACGACAACCAUACUAUCGACAAAAUACAACUCCACAAAUCGAAUCGAAUCCUAUACCUUAUCGAAGACGACGUUAUUUUCUACGACGUUUAAUUCGACGACUUUUCUCAUCGUCUCGACAAGAUUCAAAAUAUUUAAUGGAACAUUCACAAGUUUUACUUGCUGGUAUGAGACCAAGUGUAGUUAGCAAUCAUUUUAUUCCACCAGCAAUGACGCCAAAUUUACCAAUUCGACGAACUGCUUCAUGGCCUCGUCUUAAAUCGAGUCACCAUCAGACAGGUGCCCCAAUGAGUGCUCUUCAAACACAUCUUGCUAGAAAACGUCUUCUUAAACGAACAUCGAGAACUAUAUUCGAUAUGUAG